GCCCAGCCUGCCUAGCCGUCGGAGAUGGCGCCCGCCAUGUGGCUCUUCCUCGGCCUCGCUGGACGGCUGUCAGCAUCCCUCUCAGGUCUGCAGCUCCUGGCCACCCCUGCACCCAGCCAGCACAACACCAGCCACCAGGCUCCAGAGACAGGGACACGGCUGAGGGUGCGCCUGGCCCACUGGAACGGCAGCUGCCAAGGGGAGGUGCAGGUCCAGCUGCACACUGCCUGGGUGCCUGUGUGCCUGGCGCUGUGGGACCAGCAGGCUGCCGAGGCUGUGUGCCAAGCCCUAGGAUGUGGCAGGGCAACUGCGACCCCGAAGCCUGAGCUCUGGACCUCCACGGGCAACACCAGCAUCACCAACGCCACACGUGGACCUGCGCUCGCAGUCUGGUGCCGCGGCCCUGAGUGGAAGCUCUGUGAGGUGGUGGAGGACGUGUGUGGCACCGACGUGAGCCCAGCCAGGGUCACCUGCGCAGGUAUGGGGUUGGCCAGGCCGGUAGGCAGUGGGAGGGCAGUGCUGGCGGCGCCAGGCUCCACACCUCAGAGCCCCGUCCUGUCCCAAGAGCACCAGGCCUGGCGCCUGACCGGAGGUGGUGACCGCUGCGCAGGACAGGCGGAGGUGCAGUUCCGCGGGGUGUGGAGCACUGUGUGCGACAGCGAGUGGUACCAGUCGGAGGCCGACGUGCUGUGCAGGGCCCUGGGCUGCGGAAUCUCCGUGGACCGGCCUCCUGGGCAGCCCCACUCGCUGCCCGGCAGGAUGUUCUACUCUUGCGCUGGGGAGGAGGCCAGGCCCUCUCUCUGCACCUGGAGGUUCAACAACUCCAAUCUGUGCAGCCAGUCACGGGCAGCCAGGGUCCUCUGCUCAGCUUCCCAGGCACCACACAACCUGUCCUCCUCCCGAGUCCCUUCGAGCGUGCAGCCAGGGACUGCAGAAUCUCUAGUGACGGUGCAGACGGCGGGCAAGGAGUCCCGGGAGCUGGCGCUGCUCAUCCCCAGCAUCGUGCUGGGCGUCCUCCUGCUGGGCGCGCUGGUCUCCAUCGCCCUCCUCCUGCUGCGCGUGAAGGGGAAGUACGCCCUCUCUGCGGCUGAGAAUCACCAGCACCUCCUUCCCACCGCCGCCCCAGCAGGGAGCAAUAGCUACCACGCCGUCCCUGGCACUGUCCCUAAAGAGGAAGUUCCCCAGCUGCUGGCCCAGGGCCCGGGCGGGCCCCCCAAGGACCCCGACUCCAGCUCUGGCUCUGACUACGAGCACUACGACUUCAGCACACAGCCACCCAUGGCCCUGACCACCUUCUACAAUUCCCAGCGGUACCGAAUCUCAGAAGAGGAGGCCCAGCAGAGCCGGUUCCGGAUGCCGCCUCUGGAGGAGGGACUUGAAGAGCUGCAGGCGCCCCCCAUGCUGGCCGCCUUGCUGGGACCCUGCACCACAGACACUGCCCCCAGGGACCACCAGUGUCACCAUGGGGAUGACAGCGGGUCCAGCACGUCUUCUGGAGAGGACUACUGCAACAGCCCUGGCACCAAAGCACAGCCCUGGAGCCCCCAGGCGUUUCCCCUGGAGCAGAUCCAGGGCCUGGAGCUGGCUGGGCCCCAGAUGCCCUUCCCAGGGGGCGGGCCCCCCGAGGACAACAGCUCCAGCACCUCCUCCGGGGAAUGGUACCAGAACUUCCGGUCACCACUCCAGGGCCCCUCCACGGAGCAGUUUGAGUGUCCAGGUCCCUCGGGCCCACAGCGAGGCUCCUCCUCUGCAGACGACUAUGAUGACAUCGGGGCAGCCUAGGGUCCCCCGCUUCCUCCGGCCCCCAGCAGGUCCCCCAAGUGGGGCGCAGGCCUCCUCAGGGGCCAGGCCCCCCUGUCCAUCAAGCAGCAG